AUGGUAUCACAAGAUGUCGUUUUUUUUGCAGAAGAAACGGGUCUGGUACGCUAUUGCAUUGUUUAUGACAAACGUCUAAAUAAUGCUGACCGACGGUCGGCAGAGAUUGUAUUGGAGGGCUUUAGUAAGUUAGAUGUACGUGAUUAUGAAAAGGAUUGUUUACGUGUACGUGCACGUAUGCUAACGAACAGAGUAACGAACAAGCCCGUCGAUAGUCUGGUCAUCGCGUUAACGGGGCACGCACUUCAGGAACCGGUGGAGAAGGAUAUCAAAGCGACACAUAUAAAUAAACAAGCUAUGGAAACUUUUGAUAAAGGAAAGAAAAAGUUUCAUUGCCGUCUGCCUGAUAGCACUAUAGUAAUGGAAGCAGAAGAAUACUGCAGAAGAUAUUAUAUUGAGCAAGGGGAAUAUACGCAUGGUGAACACUGGGAAGGGUCUAUAAUAACUACCAUAUUCACAUUGCUAUUUUGGGACAUAAUAUACGCGGAAUUGCGUGGGGUAAGGGGCAUUUUCAUUACGCCCUACCAAAAGUACCCAUUGGAUUUGUUCACCGAAAGCUUUUAUUGGAACCGACAAUGUUUGAUUGAAGACAGGCUCAAUAAUAUGGAGAAAUCAAGUGUUGAGGAUCUGAUUCCUUCUAUGAAGAAAGUCUGGGAUACGAGGCCUGAAUGUGAACUUUCAGACAUCCAGCGUAAAAAAAUGAAUUGGGACAAAAUAGAGGCUAUUAGCAAAUGUCUGGGAAAUAGGUCUUUGGCAAUCAUUUGUCGGAGGCUUGCCUUGGACUACAGAUACAACCACAGCGGCUUCCCAGAUCUCACCAUGUGGAAUCCGCUCACUAAGCAGAUAUCCUUUGUGGAAGUCAAGACGGAUUCGGACAAGCCAUCAAUAAAGCAAAUUCAAUGGAUGAGAUAUCUUCAAUGUAACAAUAUUAAUACGGAAUUUUGUUAUAUCGGUACGAACACCACGAAAUCUAAAGCACGAAAUGUGAAUAAUUGA